CAGGUGUCAUCUGUCACUCAUAAUAAUUGAUGUGCAACUGUCUCACCCAGAGGUUUCACCCAAGUAGCCUACCAUUUGUUAAACCAUACCUUUUUUGUUAAACCAACAGGGUCUUACCUUUGAUCAAUAUCGUUCGACAGUUUACCAAAAACGAAACCUGAGGUCACCACCACAAUGACAACAAUUCCCAUUGUUCAUUGCUCUCACGUUCACCUCCCUCUCUACUUUCAUCCCUCCUCAAUGUUCUAUGGGGGCUGUAGUUUUUUCUCCCAUGGAAGUAUCCUCCCAUUUUCCAUAGGUUUCGCGAGGUUUGCAUGGGCGGCAGUCUGCAUUUCUCUGCAGGAAGAAUUGAAUAUUUUUGGGAUGAAAUUCGUGUACAGCAGUAUUUGAAUUUUUGGAGGGAUGUCCAAGAAAAGGGGCAGAAAGCGGAGUAGCGGGGAGCUGAGUGAUUCCACAGUGAUGACCCCUGACCCCAACAGUCUCCUGGGAGUAAGAAUACAGCACAAUUGGAGGGAGAAGGGCAACCAGAGCAAAUGGAAAGGCACUGUCUUGGACCGUCUCAGUGUCAACCCCUCACUAUUUAUGGUCAAGUACGAUGGGUUUGACUGUGUCUACGGCAUCGAGCUAUUCAAGGACGAAAGGGUUUCUAAUCUACAGGUCCUGACAGAGAAAGUUGUCAACAACAAGAUCAAGGUUCCUCAUGGGGCGGAGGAGUUGGUAGGCAAAGCGGUGGAACACCUAUUUGAGAAGGAGGAUGGAGAGAAGAAUGAGUGGCGAGGCAUGGUCCUCUCCAGGGCUCCCAUCAUGACUAACUGGUAUUACAUCACCUAUGAGAAGGACCCCGUGCUCUACAUGUACCAGUUGUGGGACGACUACGCAGAUGGAGAUCUCAGGAUCUUACCUGAAGCAGAAAAUAAGCACUUGCUUCCGGCCGACCGAAAGCCCGGCGAGGAGACUGAGAGCUUAGUGGGGAAGCAGGUUGAGUAUGUUACUGACAAAGGUGUGAAGCGAACAGGCCUGGUGAUCUACCAAGUCCCUGCCAAGCCUUCUGUAUACUACAUCAAAUACGACGAUGACUUUCACAUCCAUGUCUACGACCUGGUCAAGACCACCUAGGACACUUGAUUGCUCACUCCAUUGCUUACUUUUCACGUAUCCUCCUCACUCUCUCUCCAUCUCUCUUAAGGUCCUGGACGGUAUAACAGUUACGCUUUAUUAUUCAGGAAGUGCAAUCUUUUAUUCCACAUUUAAAACUAGUUCUAUGGUAUGCACAGCAGAACUGUAGCAAUGCUAUUGUAGGCCACUAGGAGGAGAGUGGGAACAUGUACACUUGGAAGGACCUAUUUAAACCUCCUCACUUCUUCAGUUACCCCAUUUGGUUGUUGUGCUGCACAGUAGAUUCACAUCUCGGACAGUCCAGGAGUGCACCUUGCCCUACAAUGACAGACUUACUGUAAAGUGCAAUAACGACCGCGUUUGAAUUGUCUCCCACAUCCUGAUGCUCAAUUAUCUUUAUUCAAAGCUGAACUGAAUUAUAUAUUAUAAAACUAAUAGUUAAAUCUGGCCCCGAUAGCCAUUCAUAUGUGGUCCUUGAAUGACCAAACAGCAAGCAUGAUGUAUAGGUGAAUAUUUGUAGAGACUAGUUUGAGCUGUAGUGUUCAGUGAAGCCUUUGAAGGAGAAAUGCAAUAAGCUGUGAUGCCCCUGAACGUAUAAUUUUUUUGUUUUUAAAUAAUGCCUUUAUUAAUAGGCAACUAUGUUUGAUUUAUGUGUCAGUCAGUUCAUAGACAAUCAUUCCUUGAUGAACCCACAGUGCUAUCAUUGGCUUCAUAGUACUGGGUUGCACUGGCCUAGGAGUACUGAUGAUUCAAUUACUAGUUUGAACAUCAAAACAAUUAUUCAUAAUGCUGAAUCAAGACUUGUUAGAAACAAGGAAUACAGGUCUUCAUAAAGUUCGGGCAAGUUUUUCCUGACCAGACAAACCUGAUUAAUUUGUAGAGAUUGGGAAAAGGCCUUAACAAUACCUGACCAGGUUCAGAAUCCCAACAUCAUCAGACUAUGAUUAGCUCAAGUGGAAUAGAGGCAGUGCUUUACACUACAUUCUGAUCUUGAAUAGAAAACAAACAUAAAGUGCCUUCAGGCUGAUCAUGUCGCCAUACUGUAUAUAUUUGCUAACCGCUCACAAUUUUAUUCCAUUUACUGUUAAGGCCACUAUUUGGUCAGUAUUAGUCAAAGUAAAAAAUGCUUUAAUGAAAAAGUGUCAAAUGCUGCGUACCAGGUUUUUGCUAUUGUCUGUUUGUAUAAGAGGAUAUGUGCAAUGUUUGGCAGUUAAUGCAGUAUAAGACUAUUUCCUCCAAUCGAACAUCCAUGACCGUUGAUUAGUCUCAUUCAAAUGUUGAUAUUGUAGGGUGCACUUUAAAUUACUCACAUAAAUAUGCUAAAGAUUUGGCACAUUGUCUUUUUCUGUCAAGAUACUUUUUUUGUGCAAGAACAAGUGGCAUAUUGCAGCAUCGGUAUAUCAUAAUGGUAAAAACGCAUGGAGAAAAGAAAAGUUAUAACACGCAUACAGUAUUUAAUCUAACUUUUUUGUGUAGUGUAUUGUAAAUGUAUGCUGUUGUGAAUACUCCUGUUAUAUUGUAAAUAUCCCAUUGAAAUACCAGCUUUAAAGUCCAUCUAGAAUUCUCACCUAGAGAAAUGCUGCAAAGACUGCAUUCAAAAAGCCUGCAGCCUGGCUGGCUUCACUUUUUAAACUUAUUUUAAAGACUUGGGAGCUACAGUACAUAAUGUAAUCCAAGGAAGUCCAAAACGCAAAUGUUUUGGCUAGAAGUAUUUAAAUUUAGUCUUCUGUCCUUAGUCUCACUCCAGGGCAUACAGUGCAUUCAUUUACAGUGCAUUGGUCCAUGGUGUACAUAAGGUUCAUUCUAUCGAUUGUCAGAUUUGCAUGCAUCACUUGAAUGCAGCCUUGAGUGCAUUCAAGCAUAUUGGUUAUUUUGACAGUUGCAGAGGUAAAAAAAAAUAUUGUGGGAGUCUUUGCAGACCGAUUUUACUAAAAUGUUUAUGUAGAAAAUGUGACUGUAAAAAAAAAAACAUUGUCAGUGCUUCUUUGCUACUUGUAUCACCACCAGUUGUGCUGUGGUGUUUCUAUGUACAGUAAAAUGAAACUCCAAAAGAUUGUGCACUCUUCUGUUAUCCUCCAUCUUUCAUUCCUCCCAGGUCUGGAAUUGUAGCAAUUACCAACCCAUUUGUGUAAUUAUUUUCAUCAUGAGUAAUAAAGUUAGUUUUUUUUUGCACA